AUAUCAAUGUGGAGGGGAUUAAAAAAAUACUGCUGGACGCCGGAAAUGGUACCAUCUUGUAUAACUACUUACACUUCUUGCGUGUCUGUUAGUCAUCGAUCUGAAAUUUAAAGUCACAAUAAGAAAGUUAACUGCAAUAUCUUAAAAGUAAAUCAGUGAAAAUGCAAGCUAUGAAUCAAUAUCAAAGAGCUUUUGGAGGGCCACCUCAGCCGCAAAGACAGGGUAACCGAAGAGGGAAUAACAGGGGAGGGUUCCGUAAUAAUUCUAGAUUUGACCAAAAUAACCAGAGGAACCAGAAUCAUGGUCAAGGAGGUCAACGUCCUAGUAAUGAGCCGUUGAAACAAAACCAGCCUGCGGAGAAGCCUCAGCAGCAACAGCAGCAGCAGCAACAGCCGCAACAACAACAGAAACCGGUGCAACAAGCUCAACAACAGAAACCUGAGACACCUAUUAAACAGUCACCACAGCAACAGCAAAAACCACAGCAGGUAUCUCAACAACAACCCAAGCAACAGAUACAACAACAGCAGCAAUCCAAGCAGCAGGGGCAACAACAACAACAACAACAACCUAAGCAGCAGAUACAACAACAACAACAGCCCAAGCCUAUUCAAAAUACGCAAUCUAAGCAGGAUUCUCAGGACAAUGUGGACAGAGCUGCUAAUUUAGAACAAAAGAAUCAAAAUAUUAAUCAGAAUAUGCCCAACAAUCAAAAUCAACAACAGAAGAAUAUUAACGGAAACUUUGGAGGUAACAGGCAAGGUAAUUGGGGUCAAGGUGGACCUGCCAACAAACAAAUGGGAAAUAACUUUGGGUCAGGAAACAAACCAUUUGGACAGAGACCCAGUGGCCCAGGUGGUCCUGGACCUGUGCGAAACCUACAAAGGAAUAAUAACCGUGGUCCUCUAGGACAUGAUGGAAAACCAGCUCAAAGAGAAGAACACAUGCUAGCAAAUAAAUUAAAGGAUUUGGUUGGGCCAUUGCUGGAUUUGCCCCCAAUAGAUCAGUCAGAAAUGAAAUUUAAUGGUCGCAGCCGUUUGUAUAUUGGUAAUCUUACUAAUGAUGUAACAGAAGAGGAAAUUUUGAAUCUUUUUAACCCAUAUGGUGAAACUGCAGAGUUGUUUCUCAAUAAGGAAAAGAAUUUUGGCUUCAUUAAAAUGGAUUAUAGAAUGAAUGCAGAAAGAGCAAAACGUGAGUUGGAUGGUAAAAUGAGAAAUGGAAGAACACUUCGAGUAAGAUUUGCUCCACACAAUUGUGCUAUUCGUGUAAAGAAUUUACCACCUUUUGUCUCGAAUGAACUACUCUAUAGAGCAUUUGAGAUAUUUGGGAAAAUUGAGAGGGCUUAUGUCAAGGUUGAUGAGAGGGGAAAAACUCUCAGUGAAGGAGUAGUGGAAUUUGCACGAAAACCCAGUGCCUUAGCCGCUAUUAGAAAUUGUACUGAGAAGUGUUACUUCCUUACAUCAUCUCUUCGUCCAGUCAUUGUAGAAAGCUUUGAAGAACCAGAUGAGGUUGAUGGCUACCCAGAAAAGAAUCUCCCUAAGAAACAUCCUGAAUUUUUGAAAGCUCGGGAGGUUGGGCCAAGAUUUUCGGAACCAGCGAGCUUUGAACACGAAUAUGGUACAAGAUGGAAGCAGCUGCAUGAGCUUCACCGCCAGAAGGAAGAGGCUCUUAAAAAGGAACUAGCUGCUGAAGAAGAGAAGUUGGAAGCUCAAAUGGAAUAUGCUAAAUACGAGCAUGAAACAGAGCUACUGCGCGAACAACUUCGGCAACGCGAGCAGGACCGCGAGCGGCAGAAGCGCAGCUGGGAGAUGGCGAGCGCGGCUGCCGACCAGCGCCGCGAGAGUGAACGCGCCCAGCUCAUGCGCCAGGAGGAGGAGCUCUCGCAGAGGAUGCGUCUCCAGGAUGAUGAGUUGCGUCGACGACAGCAGGAGAACACACUGUUUGUACAGGCCCAGCGACUCAACUCUAUGUUGGAUCGCCAGGAACAAGGCAUGUUUGACCAGCAGCAGCCAAUGGAUGGAGGCUACAGAGACCAGUACGACAUGCCGAGAGGAGGUUACGAUGACAUGCCGCAGGGCCGCGGUUGGGACGCGCCUCGACAAAUGGAUGAUUUCCCUAACAAACGCCGUCGUUUUUAAAUAAUAUUCUAGUAAUGACUUUAUCUCGUUAGAUAUAUCUAUACCGUCAGUGGGAUCAACCCAAUCCCGAGUCUAUAUUUGUAAUAUUUACAAGUCGUUGGUUAGGUUUAAAUAUAGGGACUAUUUAUUUUUACUUGCAAAUACUUAACGUAAUAAUACUUUUGUUUUUGCUACAUAUUUUAAAUGUAUGUUAUUUUCUUUACGUUUUCGUGUUUCUACAGAGAGUUCACAGACUUUUCGUCAGUGAACGUGGGUGAAGAACAUGAAAUUCUUGUAUUAUCCCGAUAUUUGUCCUAACCGAAGACUUCAGUUUAUAAUUGGCAAUUUAAUUAUUGACAUCCUUGUCAAAUAAAGUUUUAUAAUUUAGAUUUAAGCUGAGAAUAUAGUUCUCUUUAAUUAAAUAAAUGAAAUUCUUACUAGAUAAAAUGAUCUUGAGUUUAUUUUAAGUCGGCGUCGGUGACAAAUUGAAAAAAAUGCGUAGGUUCUUCGAAUAAUUUUGAGUAUUGUGUAUGUAUAUUACGUAUCGAAAGAACUAGGAAGUCAAAGACAUUUAUUUUGAAUAUAGUAACCGAUAUUAAUAAACCAUGACCACCAUUUAUGGUUUAAUAUUGAUAGAAUUGAAUUAGUUAAGAAGUUAUAAUUUAAGUGUAUGAUGAAAAUAAAAAAAAAAGCAUAUAAUGAAAAAAAAAAGAAAAAUCUUUAUUUUGCUUUCAUUUUUAUUCAUACAGUUUUGAUAAUUUCAUAACCAUAUAAAGUAUCAAAUAUAGGCAGUGUCUCGAGUGAAAACACCACACUUGUCCACAUAGGGAUCCGGUGCUUUGUUAUUUGACCGAUUGCUGUCAAAAUUGAUAUCUGAGGAAUCCGUGUACACUUCAAGAAUGGAUUCGAUGUCAGAAUUAUGAAAAUGGCUGCCGUUUUUAUUUAAACUUAUAAGUGUUUAUUUGAAUAAGGAUUAACAAAAUAGCAUAAGAAAUUAAAUUUAAGAUAAAAUACAAUUAAAUAUUUUUUACAUUUAGCCAACUUAAUUACACUUAACUCGAUAUUUUCCAUUCCCAUACGUAGGUAUUUCCAAAAACUCGCAUAAAAUUAAAACGAAUCCCACUUCGAUUAUUUUUAACAUUAAUACACAUUUUAAAUCUAUAAAGAUUCUGAGAUAUUCGUAUUCAAAGAAAUCGUUAAGUAAAAAGACAUCCGUUCAUAUCCUUUUACAUGGGUCCACAAAUACCGAUUUGUCAACCGUCACUUUAAAAUUUUACUAUUUUAAAAAGCAAUAUGAAAUAAUUAUGAAUUUCCAUCUAACGCAUUCUUAUUCUUUAUCUACGCAUUAUUCUUAAUAAAUAAUAUAAUUAUAUAAGUAAAGUUAAAUAUUAUAAAGGAUUAUUUAAUCUUAAUAAUAUUUUAAGUUAAAAUCUUCAUCUGUUUACCUUAGUUUAAAGUAAUAAUUUUUCAUCUGGUAACACUGUCGCGUACACAAUUGUAUGAAAAAGUUGACCCGCUUUUUUUUAAACAUUUGUAUGGAGACACUAUCUAUAUAACCUAAGGUGAUAUAUAAUGCUAUUUGCUAGUUAUUUGAUCAUUUUAUUUUAUGUAUUUAUGAAUAUAAAUUGGUGACCUUUAAUAAUUUCUAUUUUUUAUAUUGAUUCUUUUAAUUAUUCAGUUAAAGCGCAUAUUAUUUUUAAAAUUGUACUAUUUUUGUAUAGAUAGUUUACAAAGAAAUUAAAAACGAUGGACGACGUCAUCUUUGCUUUUGACAGUUUUCUUUUAUUAUGCAACAUGUUUCGCUUUGUGUAUAAUGACUUAGUAUAUAUAAAUAUAAAGACACUAUUAAAUAUAUAAAAUAGUGUGGUCGUUGUGUCUAUUUGCAGUAUUGUUAUCCAUUUAAGUCCUUGUCGUUUCUCGUCAAUAAAAACAUUACAAAGCGUAUAGUAUGUUAUAAUUUUUCAAAGGAAUAUAAAAAAAAAAAAAAAAAGUAUUAUUUAUUUCAAUAAAAUGUGCAUUUGUGUUGCUGUCGUAGAUAUUGAAGUGUCAUUAUUUGUCUUAGUGUUUAAUAAUAAUUGAAUAAAAAUGAAACAGAAAUAUAGACAAGUUCCAAAUACAAAAUAAUAUAUAAAAAUAAGUUUGUUACUAAGCUAGGAUAUCGUAUAAUAGCCGAGUUUACAUAAGAAUUUUCUGCAUGCAUUAAAUAGGAUUUCUUUUUAUCUGCCGAAACGUUUAAGUGUAUUGAAUACAAUUAUAAUUAUUAUAUUUUUGAUGGACCUUUAGGUAAAAUUAAUUUGUUUCUAUUGUAGAUAAAAAAUACGUUUAGUAAAAAUUUGCGAUGAUACUUAUCCUUUCAUUUGUAUAUUAGUAUAGAGUUAGAUUUAAAUAAAUAAUUUAUAAUUUUCGUAUAAUUAAAUGUAUAUCCAAAUAAACAAAGUUCUAGUAUUAAAUA